AAGAUAAUUUUUUGAGGAGCUCCGUAAUCAAUUAGGUCACUCGGAUUAUCGGACUUUGUAAUAAAUCAACUUAAUCGGAUAGCUUGACCCAAUCUUUUAACCUUUCAUUCAGAAUUGACGGACUCUAAUUCUGAAUCAAAAGCUCGAUAUCUACAAGGAUAUGCCCAGGCCGUUAGUGCUGGUUUUCUUCUUCUUGUUAGUUGCAUUCACUUCUCAAUUUGAGUGGAAGCAACGAAUUGUGAACGGAGUUGAAGCGAGCCCGAGGAUUCCCCAAAUGCAUCGGCAAAGUAAGAGGGAAGAAUCCGUCAAGGAAAAGAUUAUUCUAUCUCAAGAGAAAAGCAUUCGGAAACUUGCUGAUCUUGUACGUAGUCUCAGAGAACAAUUGUUACAAUGCAAGUUCAAAUUUAAAGCUGUGAACACCACUGCAGUUCCUUCGACAGAACUUCUAAAUGAACUUGAGCAGUACCAAAUCCUGGACAUCUAACCAUGGAUUUUAUUUGGUUAGUGCCAGUAUUAUGGUAUGUGCUACAAAACCAUUCUAUCAGAGCAAUUUUGCUUGUUUAUGUUAAUAUAACCUUGGCAUUUGUGCCGGGCUGAUAACUAUUGCUAUCUUGGAUCCACACAAUCUGUUGUCAAUAUUUUGUGGAAGGUAAAAAUCCCAGUUAUUUUACCACUCUCCUUUCUUGUACUGUCGCCAGUCUAUCAAUGGCAAAAUGUGUUCUUUUUC